CUUAACUUUGAGAGAAGAUUUAAAAGUUCACAAAUUGAGGUUAGACUACAUGGUUUACUUUUUAGAAUGUAAGCAUGGCUGAGGAACUUUCCAACUUUUCCCAGUUAAAACUGCAAAAUUGGAUUGUCAAGCAAUGCCACUCUAUAGGUGUAAAACGUCCCACACCAAUUCAAGCCAACUGCAUCCCUAAAAUCCUGGAAGGUAAAACAUGCAUUGGGGCUGCAAAGACAGGAAGUGGUAAAACUCUGGCGUUUGCUCUUCCCAUUGUGCAAAAGCUAUACGAAGACCCUUAUGGAAUCUACGCCCUAGUUCUAACCCCUAUAAGAGAGUUGGCAUUUCAAAUAGCUGAUCAGUUUGCUAUACUUGGAAAGCCAAUGAAUAUGAGAACGUGUGUGGUUGUAGGGGGAAUGGAUAUGGUAGAGCAAGGGAGGCAACUUUCCAAGGUGCCCCAUGUGGUGGUAGCGACGCCUGGUCGUUUAGUUGACCACUUAGAGGGUUGCGACACGUUCACAUUGUCUAGAAUCAAGUUUUUGGUUAUCGACGAGGCAGACAGACUGCUGGGUGGUCUGUUCGAUGAUCAAAUCAAGAGGAUAUUCUCCGUGUUACCAAAGACGCGUCAAAGUAUAUAUUUCUCGGCAACCAUGACGGAUACUUUACAAACCUUGAAGAAAUUGGUGGCAGAAGAUGCGUUUUUCUAUGAAGAUAUCGGCCCAUCUGAAGCGGUUACCGUUGCAGGGUUGACGCAGCAGUACAUGCUGUGUCCUGCUUAUGUAAAAGACGCUUAUCUAGUGGAAUUGCUCAGGAUAUUUAUAAGUGAAAACGACCAAGGCACUGUGAUGAUCUUCACGAAUACAUGCAAAAAUUGCCAGCUGUUGUCCAUCACACUGAACGAGGUCGGCAUGGAUAACGUGGCUUUGCAUGCAAUGAUUCCUCAAGCCCAAAGGCUGGCGGCGCUAAAUCGCUUCAAAAGCAACAGAGUGAAAAUCCUAAUCGCUACAGACGUCGCUAGCAGAGGUCUGGAUAUACCCAAUGUUCAGUUGAUUAUUAACCACAACGUACCUAGAAUACCUAAAGAAUACGUCCAUAGGGUAGGGAGGACAGCUAGGGCAGGCAGACAGGGAAGGGCGGUUACUUUAGUCACACCAUACGAUCUGAAACUGUUGCUCGCCAUUGAAGAGCUCAUCAAAACGAAGCUGACAGAAUGCAAAGUUAAUGAUAAAGAAGUGGCGGAAAUAUUCACGGAAGUAUCAGUGACAAAGAGUGAAGCCUACAUGAAACUGGACGCGACGGAUUUCUUCGAGAAGAAAAUGAUCAAUUUGAAGAAGAAGUGGAUUUUGGAGGGCCUGGAUCCAGAAGAGCAGGAGUACCAGUACUUGAACAAGAAAAAAAUUGAGGCCAAGAAGAAUAAGACUAAAAUCAAAAGGCUGAAAAGUGACAAGAAAAUAAGAAAAUUAGACAGUUCAGUUGGAAAAUCGAAAAAUACAUAAAAUAUCCGUAAA